GAAAAAGCGCGGAAGGUGGGGAGGGGCGGCGCAGGGGCGGCGCUGUGGGAGCCGCGAGGCUGCGGUGGCGAUCCGGUGCCGGCCGCCGCUAUCCAGACGCCGCAGCGGGGCUGUCUGCUCACCGUCGCCCGCGGGGUCCGGGCGCCCCCAGAGGGGCCGAGGAAUCGGGACCGGAGCCGGCUCUGAGGCAGGAGCCAGGUCCGAGCGGCCCAGCCUGAGGGCCCCAGGCGUGGAGGUGGAGGGCUGAGGCCCCCGAGGGGGCCCCGCCGCGAUGGGCAACCUGGAGAGCGCCGAGGGGGGCCCCGGCGAGCCGCCCCCCAUGCCGCUGCUGCUGCCGCCGGGCAAGAUGCCGAUGCCCGAGCCCUGUGAGCUGGAGGAGCGAUUCGCCCUGGUGCUGAGCUCCAUGAACCUACCUCCUGACAAGGCCCGGCUCCUACGGCAGUAUGACAACGAGAAGAAGUGGGAUCUGAUCUGUGACCAGGAACGAUUCCAGGUGAAGAAUCCUCCCCAUACCUAUAUCCAGAAACUCCAGAGCUUCUUGGACCCCAGUGUAACUCGGAAGAAGUUCAGGAGGAGAGUACAGGAGUCAACCAAAGUCCUGAGAGAGCUGGAGAUCUCACUUCGCACCAAUCACAUUGGGUGGGUGAGGGAAUUUCUCAAUGAUGAAAACAAAGGCCUGGAUGUGCUGGUGGAUUAUCUUUCAUUUGCCCAGUGUUCUGUCAUGUUUGACUUUGAGGGUCUGGAGAGUGGUGAAGAUGGUGCAUUUGACAAGCUCCGGUCCUGGAGCCGGUCAAUCGAGGAUCUGCAGCCGCCCAGCGCCCUGUCGGCCCCCUUCACCAACAGCCUCGCUCGCUCUGCGCGUCAGUCUGUGCUCCGGUACAGCACUCUCCCUGGCCGCAGGGCUCUGAAGAACUCGCGCCUGGUGAGCCAGAAGGAUGAUGUCCAUGUCUGUAUCCUUUGUCUCAGAGCCAUCAUGAAUUAUCAGUAUGGCUUCAACUUGGUCAUGUCCCACCCUCAUGCUGUCAAUGAGAUUGCACUUAGCCUCAACAACAAGAACCCAAGGACCAAAGCCCUGGUCUUGGAGCUGUUGGCAGCUGUGUGUUUGGUUCGGGGAGGUCAUGAAAUCAUCCUUGCUGCCUUUGACAAUUUCAAAGAGGUGUGCAAAGAGUUGCAUCGUUUUGAGAAGCUAAUGGAGUAUUUCCGGAAUGAGGACAGCAACAUUGACUUCAUGGUGGCCUGUAUGCAGUUCAUCAACAUUGUGGUACACUCAGUGGAGGACAUGAACUUCCGGGUCCACCUGCAGUAUGAGUUUACCAAGCUGGGGCUGGAGGAGUUCCUACAGAAGUCAAGGCACACAGAGAGCGAGAAGCUACAGGUGCAGAUUCAGGCAUACCUGGACAAUGUGUUUGAUGUGGGGGGUUUGCUGGAAGAUGCUGAAACCAAGAAUGUUGCCCUGGAGAAGGUGGAAGAGCUGGAGGAACAUGUGUCCCAUCUCACAGAGAAGCUUCUGGACCUGGAGAAUGAGAACAUGAUGCGGGUGGCAGAACUGGAGAAACAGCUGCUGCAGCGGGAAAAGGAGCUGGAGAGCAUCAAGGAGACAUACGAAAACACAAGCCACCAAGUGCACACUCUUCGGAGGCUCAUUAAGGAGAAGGAGGAGGCUUUCCAACGCCGAUGCCACCUGGAACCAAGUGCCCAGGGCCUGGAGUCCAUGGGUGGUAGUGAGGCCCUGGCCAGGAUAGGCCCUGCAGAGUUGAGUGAGGGCGUACCAUCCUCUGACCUGGACCUGCUGGCUCCAGCCCCACCUGCUGAGGAGGCCCUACCGGUGCCUCCUCCACCAGCUCCACCUUUGCCCCCACCUGCUCCCCCAUUACCAGAUAAGUGUCCCCCUGCCCCACCUCUCCCUGGUGCUGCUCCUUCUGUGGUAUUGACAGUAGGCCUGUCAGCCAUUCGCAUUAAGAAACCUAUCAAGACCAAGUUCCGGCUGCCAGUCUUCAACUGGACAGCCCUGAAACCCAAUCAGAUCAACGGCACUGUCUUCAGUGAACUUGAUGAUGAGAAGAUCUUGGAGGACUUGGACCUGGACAAGUUUGAAGAGUUGUUUAAGACAAAAGCCCAGGGCCCUGCCCUUGACCUCAUCUGCUCCAAGAAUAAGACAGCACAAAAAGCUGCCAGCAAAGUGACCCUUUUAGAAGCCAAUCGUGCCAAGAACCUGGCUAUCACCCUUCGCAAGGCUGGGCGCUCAGCUGAGGAGAUCUGCAGAGCUAUCCACACGUUUGACCUACAGACACUCCCUGUGGACUUUGUGGAGUGCCUGAUGCGCUUCCUGCCCACAGAGGCUGAGGUGAAGCUGCUGCGGCAGUAUGAGCGGGAGCGGCAGCCCCUGGAGGAGCUGGCAGCUGAGGACCGCUUCAUGUUGCUCUUCAGCAAGGUUGAGCGGCUGACCCAGCGAAUGGCUGGCAUGGCUUUCUUGGGCAACUUCCAGGACAACCUACAGAUGCUCACACCGCAACUGAAUGCCAUCAUUGCGGCCUCUGCCUCUGUUAAGUCCUCACAGAAACUGAAGCAGAUGCUAGAGAUCAUACUUGCAUUGGGGAAUUAUAUGAACAGCAGCAAGCGGGGUGCUGUGUAUGGCUUCAAGCUCCAGAGCCUGGAUCUGCUGCUGGACACUAAGUCCACUGAUCGGAAAAUGACACUGCUGCACUUCAUCGCCUUGACAGUAAAGGAGAAGUACCCAGACCUGGCUAACUUCUGGCAUGAGCUGCACUUUGUGGAGAAGGCUGCAGCAGUGUCCCUGGAGAAUGUGCUGCUGGAUGUGAAAGAGCUGGGCCGGGGCAUGGAGCUGAUUCGGCGGGAAUGUAGCAUUCAUGACAACAGUGUCCUUCGGAGCUUCCUCAGCACCAAUGAAGGCAAACUGGACAAACUCCAGCGUGAUGCCAAGACGGCUGAGGAGGCCUACAAUGCAGUUGUGCGCUACUUUGGCGAGAGUCCCAAGACCACCCCUCCUUCUGUGUUUUUCCCAGUAUUUGUCCGAUUCAUUCGUUCUUAUAAGGAAGCAGAACAAGAGAAUGAAGCUCGAAAGAAACAGGAGGAGGUAAUGCGGGAGAAGCAGCUGGCUCAGGAAGCCAAGAAGCUGGAUGCCAAGUCUCCAUCCCAGCGGAACAAAUGGCAACAGCAGGAGCUAAUUGCAGAGUUGAGGCGGCGCCAAGCUAAGGAGCACCGGCCUGUUUAUGAGGGGAAGGAUGGUACCAUUGAAGACAUCAUCACAGUGUUGAAGAGUGUCCCUUUCACGGCCCGUACUGCCAAGCGGGGCUCACGCUUCUUCUGUGAUGCAGCCCACCAUGAUGAGUCAAACUGUUAACCCCCAAGGCUGAGGCCCGCGACAGGCCUCCACCACCAGCCUAUUGUUCGGCAUCAAGCUAGGAGUACUGCACCACCCAGUGGCCCUCCUUGGGCUCCAGGUCCCCCACUGAGAUCCUCUUGAAGUCAGAAGCACUUCAAUUCUCAAGAGUCCUGCAAGUCUGGACAGUGGACCUGAAGCCUAGGCCCAGCAGAAGGCUGAGCUGAUCCAGCUGCAGCCACUCCAGUUUUGAGGCUGCAUCUUUUAUCUAUGCCACUGUGGGCACUUGGUCUGUAGGGGCCUGGCACUUCCCCAGUGCCCCCAUAGUCUUCAAUGUUUCCUGAAGGGUCAGUUCAGGGCUCGGAAAAACCACUUCCAGCUUUAGCCCACACAGGGGUAUCUUGGCCCCUCUUCCACUAGAGUCUAGUGGGGUGAAGGGAGAAUGCUACACUCUGCUUUUUCCCUUUUUGCAGUUCCACAACCAGCUCAAGUAUCCAGGCUUAUGGAUCCCUGGACUCUGCCAAUCUCAGAUCAUUUCAUGGAGUAAAGCCCUUCUUGGCUUGGGCCCAAUCUGUUGUGCCCUUGUGAAAUAGGCCGAGGACCAAUUUCAGGCCCACCUCCCUUCUCUGCCUCUUCCAUGCUUGGCCUUCCCACAGUGGGCUGAAGAGGCGCUAGCUCUAAGACUGCUAGAAGAAGGAUGUGCCAACAAACUCCUCACCUCCUUUUCUCAGCUAGGUGGAUUUUGGCAGAGGUAGUAGACAGAGGGUCUUGAGACAAUCUGCUCAAUUUCCUACCAGCUUCUCUGACCCCUGAAGAGAAUGUGGGGACCGCUUCCUUUUGUACAUACACCAUUUCCCUUCUCUUGUACAUAAACCCUUGACAUCUUAACAAAGGCUUGAAGCUCCA